GAAUUCACGCUGCCCGUAGUAACUGCAUCAUCUACAAAGCUCAUCAACAUUCCAAGCAAAUCUGAAGCGUUGAACUCUCGUUUAUCUCUCCCUCCUCCAUCUACAGCGGCAUCUACAGCAGCGAUAGGAGCAUCAGUCAAGCCGUUGGCCCCUGCUGUUCUUCCAGCAGCUAUGGAAAUUCUUCCAGCACCGCCGUUUGCCAAACCCGUGACCUCCAAUAAACAUCGCUCCUCCUCUGAGGAUUCUAGCACUGUUGCCCCCACUGUUACCACAGCCGUUUCGACGCUAAGACGUCGACAUCAGUGCCCCUUCUGCACAAAAAGUUGCGAGAGGAAGGAUAACCUCCAGGCACACAUACGAACUCAUACUGGUGCGUACCUGCCCCACACCUGCAUGCUUAUCCGAAUAGGUACUUUUGCUUCAUGA